AUGGCUGAACUAUUGAAAGUCCAAAAUAAGUUGCUGUCAAUGAAGUGCUGCUUGUGUAAGAAUGUUUUAUCAGUGCCUCCUAUAAUGGUGCUUUCCGAAGAUGGAACAGAAUUGAAAUGCGGAAGAUGUAAAAAUAACAAUGAGAAGCCAUCAGUUUGCAGAAAUAUUGCUCUUGAGAAUAUGGCAAUGUUCUUCUCAUUUCCUUGCAUAUACAAAAAUUGCAAUGAAAUGAUUCCGUGGAAAGAGGUGGGAAGUCAUGAAGACGCUUGUGAUAACAAGACGAUUAAAUGUCCAAUGUAUUACCAAAAAUGUGAACGAAAUGUACAGGUGCCUAAGUUGGAGGAGCACUGUAAACGUUAUCAUAAAGGGAAUAUUUAUUAUGAAACUCUCAACUGUUCAUUUUCCCCCAACGAAGAUCUAAUAAGUAUCUUGAUAUCCAGUAAUCAACAGUUCAUUAUAUAUAUCACAAUGGGCAGCAAAUUGUCAGAGAUAUAUGUUGCUUCUUUGAAAAAAAUCAAUGAAUGUUUCACAUACGAUUUGAAAUUGUCCAGCACAUGUAAUAACACGUUUGUCGCAUAUGAAAAUCAGCCGAUUAGCAAAUAUGACGAAGUAGAUCAUUGCCUUAGAUGUAUGCGUUCUAAUUGUGAUUUGAGAGGCUAUCCCCAUACAAAAGUGAAAGACGAUGUCCCUGUUAAUAAGUUUUUGAAGAAGGUCGAUCUGACUGCCGUGAAACUUAUUUUUGGUGAUAUUUCCAAGAUCAGAUACAGAAUAACUAUCGUCCCGAAGAAGGAAUAUAAGGAUAACAACAAGGAAUCAUCGAGCGAAAUUGCAACGGUAGAAAACCAUAAGAAAGAAGUGAACAUCGUCGAUGAUGAAAGUUUGGAAACGAAUAAGCUUAAACAGUGUCCUAGAUGCAUGAAGUACGUGCUUGAUAUAAUCUUCAUCGUCAACGAUGAGAAAAUUUGCGUUGAAUGCGGAAUCGAGCUGACUAGUCAGAUCUUAGCGUAA